AACCUCUGCACCCAACCGCUACUCGAGCAUGACAAGAUGCUGAGCGAGGACUUCUUCACGGACAAGUUCAGUCGCAGCUUCGAUAUCGUCCUCUUCUCCGCGCUUAUCCUGUCGACCUUUCUCACCAUUGUUUUACUCACGCUGCCCUCUCAAUAUGAUCCCUACAAGGACAAGCCGCUUAAAGUCGUGGACGAGGAGGGGAAGGAGAUCGAGAUGAAGGGCAAAGACGGACGGAAGAAGGUCAACUUCAAGCAAGGGAGGACGGUGCAGGUCGUUGUUUUAGGAGACAUUGGCCGGUCACCGCGCAUGCAGUAUCAUGCAAUUAGCAUCGCGAAGCACGGCGGCAGAGUCUACCUAACCGGAUACCAGGAGUCGGAAUUGCAUCCUGAUAUUGUUUCGAAUCCAUUGAUACAAAUCGUCCCGUUGGUACCCGCACCAUCAUUUCUGCGCUCGAGCAGCAGACUUCUCUUCCCCGUUCUUGCUCCCCUGAAAGCCUUGUGGCAGGCACAAAACCUCUACAGGGCUUUGGGCUAUCGAGCAGUACCUGCAAGAUGGAUGCUCGUACAGAACCCACCUUCAAUACCUACUCUAGCCAUUGCAGCCAUCGUGUGCUUCUUCCGGAACACCGAGCUUGUCAUUGACUGGCACAACUUUGGCUACUCCAUCCUCGCUCUCAAGCUCGGGUCUAGCCACCCGCUCGUCAAGAUCUCUGCCUUGUAUGAGAACAUCUUCUCAAGAUUCGCAUCUGAUCACAUCGCCGUGACCAAUGCCAUGGCUCGGGUGCUGAAGACGAAGUACGGAGUAUCCGCGCAUGCGCUGCAUGACCGCCCGGCCGCCAUCUUCCGACCGAUCAGCAGCCAGGACCGAGCAAAGUUCCUUGCCCGACUCCCUGAAACGGCGCAAUAUGCGCAAGAUCUCUCAUCGUCGUCGAAGAGCCCCUGGAAACUGAUCGUCAGCUCUACGUCCUGGACUGCAGACGAAGACUUCUCCCUCCUUCUCGACGCACUCAGUGCUUACUCCGCGCAAUGUACCUCAAAGACGCACUUGCCUAAAAUCCUCGCAAUCAUCACUGGGAAGGGUCCGCUGAAAGAGCAUUAUCUCUCCAAGAUUCAAGUCAUGAAUCAAGAGAAGAAGCUGCUCAAUGUCGUCAUACAGACAGCCUGGUUGACGCCAGAGGAUUAUGCUCUGCUUCUAGCCGCAGCCGACCUGGGUGUAUCAUUACAUACUUCGUCCUCCGGCGUGGAUCUUCCCAUGAAAGUAGUGGACAUGUUCGGCGCUGGGCUGCCGGUAGUGGGAUGGGGGAAGUUCGAGGCUUGGCCGGAGUUGGUUAGAGAGGAUGUCAAUGGGAAGGGCUUUGAGAGCUCGGAGCAGCUUGCGCAGCAGCUAGUAGAGCUCUUUGAGAGCAAAGAUGGGUUAUUGACGACGUUGAAGCAGGGCGCAUUGAAGGAGAGCGAAAACCGAUGGGACGACGAGUGGGAUCGCGUAGGCGGAAAGCUCUUCAAGCUUGUAUAAAGCUUGAUAAAGUGUCUAAAUUAUAAAUAUUUCA